CUGCAUCACCUACCAUCCACGUGGUGGCUUUUUGGCUUAUUGGGGGCUGACCUAGGAAAAUGGGUCAACCGUGUUUGAUCUGCAGGGGAAAAUUAGCGGUGGCGAUUAGCGCAGCAUUAUCUCCCCCACAUACACUAACAAACAGCUAAUAAUUAUUACCUUGUCUUAGAGGGAGGGUGAAUGCUACGUGUUGUGGGCGUUGAUGUAUCAAGAGGGAGUGCAUAUUAGGAUUUAAUGAUGUGGAAAGACUAGGGGAGGGCGGUUCCUGCGAAUAUAAGGAUUGAGUAGGAAGAAAGAAUGAUAGAGGCCGGUACUGUUUUCGUUUUGAAAGAGAGGGAGAGGAGAGAGAAAGAGAGUGAUGAAGAGAUGAAGGAUGAUUUUCAAGCCCUAGUACUCAACGGUGACUCUCAGCAGCUCUCUAGCUCCAGAUUCUCAUCUCUUUUGGCGUCAAAAGAUCGCGACUAUCUCCUUUCUCCAACCGGAGCUCAGGUGAAAAUAUGUGAUCUUGAUGGGAAGAUCAUAGGCCUCUAUUUCGGGGCCAAUUGGUAUCCGCCAUGCCAGAACUUCACUCAAGCUCUGAUUGGUAUCUACGAGCAACUUAAGAGCUGUGGGUGUAAUUUCGAAAUUGUGUACGUGUCCUCCGAUGAAGACGCGGAUGCUUUUAACAACUACCACGCAUGCAUGCGAUGGCUGGCGAUUCCAUUUUCCGAUUUGGAGACGAAGAAAGCACUGAACCGGAAAUUCGACGUGGAGGGUAUACCUUGCUUGGUUAUUCUCCAACCAAACGAUAACAAAGACGAUGAAACAUUGCGUGACGGGGUGGAACUCAUUCAUCGCUACGGGGUCCGAGCCUUCCCGUUUACGAAAGAGAGGUUGCAGAGAUUGCAUGAAGAGGAGAGGGAGAAGCAUGAGAAGCAGACACUAACCAGUUUACUAACAAACCACGAUAAAGACUAUCUUUUGGGUCAUCCCAGGCCUAAACAGAUCUCUCUCGUGCAGGUACCCGUUGCUUCAUUGAUAGGUAAAACAGUUGGACUCUAUUUCUCAGCUCAAUGGUGCCAUCCAUGUGCUACAUUUGCUCCCAAGUUAAUGUCCAUCUACCAAAAGAUCAACCAAAUGCUGGUAGAAAAAGGAGACGAGGGCUUCGAAGUAGUGUUCGUGUCAAGCGAUCGUGACCAAGAUUCAUUUGACUCCUACUUUGAUACAAUGCCUUGGCUGGCUCUGCCCUUUGGGGACCCAACUGUGAAGGACCUUGCCAAGCAUUUUGACGUGAAUGCAAUUCCUUGUUUGGUGAUUUUAGGCCCCGAUGGUAAAACUGUCACCAGACAAGGCAGAAACCUGAUAAACUUGUACAAAGAAAAUGCCUACCCUUUCACCGACGCCAAAGUGGAGAUGCUAGAGAAACAGAUGGACGAAGAGGCUAAGAGCCUUCCAAGACAAGUGUGCCAUUCAAGGCAUCGCCACGAGCUCACUUUGGUCUCCGAAGGAAAUGGAGGAGGGCCUUUUAUAUGCUGCGAUUGUGACGAGCAAGGGUCUGGUUGGGCUUACCAGUGCCUGGAAUGUGGGUACGAGGUGCACCCCAAGUGUGUCGCUGUCGGAGCUGCUGCUGCUGCAGAUCGUGCCUCUUCGGACAACAGUUGAUUGGCAUGGCUGCUGGUUGUGUUAAUGCUAAUUACUUCUAUGCUAUGUUACGUGUGUUUGGGCCUUUGAAAUUUGGAAUAUGUGCUUCUGUUUGCUGAUUUAGAUUUCGGAUUGGGUUUUCUUUUGAUCAUCAUCUGUAUCUAAUAUGAGUUCCAACAUCAACAUGGGUCCUUUAUUGGA